AAUAUUUUUAAUCUACAAAUUGUCAAAAAAAAAAUCCAUUUUAUUUUUAUUGCACUAAAGAUUUAUAAGAUUUAUUCAAAGGCAACAAGUUGUAAUCAUGGACGACGAUGUUAUCGUAAUUUACGAUGAAAUUGAAGAAGAGCCCGAACAAUUCACUGCUCAAAACUAUGAAUACAUGCUGGCACAAUCACUUUUAACUAAAGAAGCUAUCCAAGAGAAACUAGCCGAUCCCAGCGAGAAUGCAAAUUUUCAAUUUAUCAGCAGCUCCUCUCACAACAGUUCGAUUUGGGAUAACUUUCAAGCUAUUUCAUAUGGCGGAGUAGAGCAGAACUUUUUUAAGUGCCGCAAUUGCAAUGAUAUAUUUGACAAAGAUCCACAAAAGUCUCUUGGACAGUUAAGGAAUCACAAAUGCAAAAAAAUUGUUCCUAAACGAGAACGAGAAAUAUUGGAUUAUCAAGAAAUACUACCAAAAACAACAACAACAACAACAACACCGAAAAAUAAUUCCAAUCGGAAAAUUGCAAACAAAAACAAUGACAAAUCCAAACCACUUACUCGCGAACAACUUGAGGAAUUGUAUAGCAAUCCCAAGGAAAGACCUAAUUUCAUUACCAAACAAAAGAACAAUUUCAGAUGUUUUGCUUGGCAAUGGAUGGAUUUGGUUUUUUAUAAAAAACAAAGGCAACCUUUUGCACGGUGUAGAUUUUGUGAGAUGUUGGUAACAUAUUCAAACAAAAAUGGGACAUCUUCAAUUCGAAAACAUGCCCUCCGUUGUUCGGCUAUUUUGGCAGCAAAGCAUAAUUUGGGGAAGCAAGGUAUACAAGCUCCAAAUCUUCAAAUUAAAGGUUCGAAUAAUGCGAAAUUUGAAGAUGAGGAUAGUUUCUCUGAAGAUAGCAACAGUCAAUUAGAAUGUUCACUGAUACCAGAUGUGGAAAUGUAUGAAGAAGAAGAAAUGCCAUUGAAUUCGCUAAUGACGACCAUGACAACAAAUAAGCAGUCUCAACCACAACCAAAAACUCAGGCUUCAAAAAGACAAGGCGCACUUUCUUUGGCCCAGUUGAGAUCGUUGUAUAAUUCUGAUAAAAACUCAAAGGCUUUUCAUUUUAGCAAGCACAAAGUUGGAGGAGUGAAGAAUACAAUAUAUAACUGGCUCGAAAUGGUUUUCUAUAAAGAUAUGCGACAAAAUUGCUACCGAUGUACUGUUUGUGAUAAUUUUCUAAAUAGCGCGAAUGAAAAUGAACUAGCUUACCAUGUUCAAAGCCACAACAUUAAAAACAAUCAUAAUUCCAAAAAAAUGCCAGUUAUCAAAAAGGAAAAACUAAUUGAAACAAUAACAGAACCAAAAUCAAAAGCAUCUUUAAAAAGACAUAGUAUGCCUUGUCCAAAAACAGAACCAAUUGAAGAAAUAAUUGAAGAUCAACCGGAAACUUAUGUUGAAACGGAACAUGAUGCAACAAAUACUGCAACGCAAAAUCUCAUAGAUUGUGUUAUAAGUAGUGGUGGUCAGUCAUUAAGUUUUAUGGAUGAUCCAAAUUUUCGAUUAUUUGCCCAGAGUCUAAUAAAUUUAGGUGCCAAGUAUGGCGAAAGAAAUUCCAACGAUUUCUUACCGAGUAUUGAAACAAUACUCAAAUACAGCAUACCACAUAGGAUGAGAACACUUAAAACGGAAAUCAAAGAAAUUAUUGCCAAUGAAUCGCACCUGAGCAUCAGUGUAGACCUAGUGAAAGAUAGUGCGCCGCAUUCGAAACCUGUGUCUUACUUUACAGUUAAAACGCACAUAAUAUCCGAGAGUUUUACAAGCAAAACAUACGUCGUAGGAAUUCAGGAUUUUCAAAGUGACAAAGCUACUGACGAAGUAAUUCGGGAAGCUUUUUUGGAAAUUAUGAAAGAGUAUUUAAAUACCGAUGAAUUGAAAAAGCGAUGUAUUAUUGUGCUGAACGAACAUAAUGAGGCUUUAACAAAGGCUUUUGCAGAUUACACUUGUCUGCCAAGCAUUACCCAUAGCUUGGAAUCAAUAAUAAACAAAGUUCUCGUGGUUCAAGAUCCGGAAUUGAAAAUUUCUGAUCUUGUUGUAAAAGUACAAGAACUCUUCGAACAUAUAAUUAAAGAACACAACUAUUUUCUUAGCAAAGGAGAAUGCCUGUUAGAUCUGUUGGAAGAGUUCUAUGAAAUGAAUAAACCAAUUGAAAAAUUAUUAAAAAGUACCAGACCGUGCCAAAGAGAUCACAGUGUGUUAUCGGAUAUUCCAAAAAACAAAGUUAAAACCAUUCUAAAUGGAUUCGAAGUUAUAAAGCUGUGUAUAGAUACAAUAAGACAAAACCAAAUAACUAUCAAUGGCAUACUGCUGUGGAAGAAAAAAAUGGUGGAACAAUAUUCACCGGUUCUGUUCGAACACCAAAUGAAUGCUCGUUUAAAAUUUCACACUCUCGAGCUGAUUCAAACGCAACUUUGUGUUGAUGAUCCCAUCUAUAAAAUUGCCUUAUUUCUUAAUCCGAAUUUCAAAAAUCUUAAAUUCUUAUCAGAAUCUGAACGGAAGGAGGUUUUCAGUUCAAUCAAAGAAAUGUAUUUUUCAAAAAUACGCCAUAUCGAAAAAGAAAAAGCUUCUGAAGAUGACGCAGAUAUAAUAGACAAAGAAAUCCAUAAUUAUUAUGUAACAAAGAGUUUUGAUAGUUCUAGUGAGGAUUUGUUAAAAUUCUGGAAAAGAACAACUAAUUUUCCAAAUCUUAGAACUUUGGCUCGGUAUGUAUUAAGUUUGCCAAGUACCUCGGAUGGUGUUCAUGAGGAUAUAUUCCACAAAGCACAAAGAUCACUUGCAAAUGGUAUUGGAACGAGUGCUGAUUUUAACAGCAUUAUAUUUUUAAACAGUAAUUUUGUUGAGGUUUCAUAGAUGAUUAAACUUUUUUGUUUUGUUAAUAAUUAUAAAAGAAAGAAAAAAAUCAACAAUUAUUAUUAUAUACAUUUUAUGAAAUGUUUUUGUUUUAGUUACAGUUAAAUUUGUUUCAUUUGCAUUGGAAAUAAAAUGUUAUGAAUUUUUUAAA